GAAGACAUGGAGGAAAGGAAAUAAAAACCGGACCGAGCGGCUCGGGAGGGGAAAAUGAAGCGGUUCUUUGCAGACUAAACCAAAACCAGUAAACCGACAUGAGCACGGAACCUGAAAGCUUCCGUGUCUCUCCUCUCCCCCAUCCCGUGCCCUCUCCAUCCCUUCCCUUCUGCUUGUCAUCGAUUUCGAUUGAAUUUAGUCUUUCGAGCUUUUUGUCGAUUGGAUUGAGUUUCUCUAUCUCUACAAUAGCUUGGAGGAGAGAGGACAGGGACAUGGAGACUCACUUUAAUCACAAUCUAUUUGACAGGCGACCCAUUCUGAAGAACAAGACUCCUGCUGUCAAAUGGAUCAAAGAAUGGGUCCCUCAAGAUGUUGUUGCAACUGGAGGAAAGUGCUUUCUUUUGAAAUGGGUUACAGAGGAUACCUUGAAGGCAUUAAAGGAAAAGGCAAAACAGUCUGAGGCACCCGAACCUGAACCAGAACCAACCACUGAAGUGCUUUUCCUUUGUAGUUACGAGGGCUGUGGAAAAACAUUUAUUGAUGCAGGUGCCUUGAGGAAGCAUUCUCACAUUCAUGGGGAGAGACAAUAUGUUUGUCACUAUGAAGGCUGUGGAAAGAAAUUUUUGGAUAGUUCGAAGUUGAAAAGACACUUUCUUAUUCAUACUGGUGAAAGAGAUUUUGUGUGUCCUCAUGAAGGCUGCGGUAAGGCAUUUUCCCUUGAUUUCAACUUGAGAUCGCAUAUGAAAACGCAUUCACAAGAAAACUAUCAUAUCUGUCCAUACCCUGAUUGUGGAAAGAGAUUUGCCCACGAGUACAAAUUGAAGAACCACAUUACGUCUCACCAUGAAAAGAAUGUGCCGGCUGAAGUGGUGAAGUAUACACCACCUUCUGAGAAGCAAAUUAAGGUUUCUAAACCUUCUGGAGGAGCUUACGCAUCUGCAUCGUCAGAUCGCCCAUACGGUUGUCCAUACGAAGGGUGUGAAAAGGCUUACAUCCAUGAAUACAAGCUCAAACUCCAUCUGAGAAGAGAGCAUCCUGGACAUCUGGUAGAAGACAAUGGCAAUGCUCCAAAUAAUGGGGAAAAUGAGAUAGAUGCCAGUGAUCAAGAUGGGUAUGGUGGAAAACGGGUAAAUAAGAACCAGAAACAGAACAAGCCUAAACCAAACUUGAAGUUACCACCUUCAAAAAUAUCACAGCGAAAAGGCACAACCCCAUCUCCUGCCCCUAUAAGUGCAGUUAAAAAAUCAUGGCCAGUUAAAGAAGAAACAUACGAGGAAGAAGAUAGCGAAGAAACAGAGGAGGACCGUGAUAACGUGGACGAGGGUUGGAGAUAUGCAGAAAAUGAAGAUGAUGAUGAGGAAACAGAGUACGAAGAUUGAAUCUUAGAAAUGGGCGGCUUGUAUGUAACUACUUUUGCCCGUUUAAAAAGUUCCGCUGUAUCUGAAACUAGUAGUCUUUUUCUUCUUCAUUUUCAUGUUUUUUGCGUUUUUGUUCGCUCACAUAUCUGAUAGUAGGAGGUGAUAAAGUAUUAAAUCGAUUCCAGAUGGAAAUUAUGAUUUAUUUUGAUUAGCAUUGUGUGUGUGGAAUGAAGCAUGUCUGUGUUCGUUCCUCGAGAAUACAUUGAUAUAACCCAUUCUUUUGAACUCUGAUUGUUCAUCAAGCACUAAAGAUGUUUUU